CGCUGGGAGGAGAAGAUCCCUGUUUAACCAUCUGAACGUGGAGAAACUGUAGGACUCAGCAACUUACUUACUGCAUCUCCUUUUACAUUCUCCAAAAACAUGACGACGUCAGCUCUUCCUGACCUCUGUCCAAAACUCGGAGUGGACAAAAGAAUACAAAACAUUUUUGUGACACAGCCGGAAGACACCAGACAGAGAAAGGAAGAGGCUGUCAACCAUGGGCCUGCUCUAGGGGCUUCAAGCAGUGUCCUAAAGGCAGGAUUAGUUGCCUUGAAAAAGGAUCUGGUCCUUAAGAAACAGGCAGAGUUGGACGAGGUGGACAUACAACUUUUACUCAAACAACAAGAGUUUACGAGGUGUAUGGAGACUCUGGCUAUGAGACGGUCAGAGCUCGAAAUUAAACAACAACAGACUAAAGAGAAGGUGAUGAAAUUUGAGAAGUUUGUUGGUGAAAAUGUGGUAAAGAGAAGUAAAGCACUGAAGAAAUGUGAAGCGACAAGGGUGGAGAACAUCUUGAAACAGAGCCUGAUAGAAGAUCGGGCAGAGCAACUAAAACAACUUAGAGCCAGAAAGCAAGAAUUAAAAGAGAGGAUGGAAAAAUACAAAAUCUAUGAGAACUUUUUAAUGGAAACACUCGAUUGUUUGCCCAGCAUUUACCGUGAUAGUGGGUCUGAAUCGUUGGUUAUGCCCAUCAUUCAGCGCCACAAGACCCUAUUUAUCACACAUCAGAAAUUGCUGCAACGCUUCGGGGAUAUGGAGGCAAAGGUGGAGCAGGGCCAACGACAACUGCGGAGCAUGAAGCAGGAGUGUGGCAUUAAAAAACUGACGGCCAGCAAAGAACUGCUGGAACUGCAGAGUGAAUUAGAAAUUCUCAACGAGCAAAACAAAAAGGCGGAAGUUGUCCUGCUGAUGCAGCAAGGAAUAUCCAGAGAGAAGGCCGAAGAGGUGGGAAAGCUGCUUAUGGCCAUCAACAACCUUGCAGAGCAGUGUUACCUUCCUGAAUAUGGAAAUCUGCAAAGCAUGAGCAAAGUGAUGAUGAUGGACAUGGUGAAGGAAUACAUUCUGGACAAGAUGGACACGGAGAAGAGAGCAAGAGUCCUGAUGGAGUCUAUCUCUGCAGGGGGCAGUAGAGAUGCUGUGACAGACAAAAGAUGGAGGGGAUCAAUUAAAAGCAUCAAAAGUAAAAGAAAAAUCCAAAACUCAAAGCCAGUAAAAAAAAAGUGAGAAAUAUAACUAAUAGUGCUUCUUUAGUUGAACACAAAAACAAAACUGAAGUAC